CACCCUGAUAAUCUCACGACAAUAAUGGCUUACCAAGCAGCAGCUAUUCAAGGAGACAAAUUACGUAAAGGGCCUUGGCUAGAGGAGGAAGAUCAGCAAUUAGUGACUUCUGUAAAGCUUUUCGGGGACCGCAAAUGGGAUUCCAUUGCAACAGCAUCUGGUCUAAACAGGACUGGCAAGAGUUGCAGGCUGCGAUGGCUGAACUACCUCCGCCCCAAUAUUAAGCGUGGUCAGAUAAGUGAUGAAGAAGAGCAGAUUAUUAUCCAACUUCAUGAGCUAUGGGGUAACAAGUGGGCAAACAUUGCUCGAAGGUUGCCUGGAAGAACUGAUAAUGAAAUCAAGAACUACUGGAGAACUCAUCUGAGAAAGAAACUACAAUCUCAAGAAGCUAAACAAGAUUUCUUCUAUCAGGAAGGUGAUACAAGUUCCUGGAAUUGUAACAUGAAAGACUAUAACUCUAUAGAAAAUAAAGUAGGAACUACAGAAUCUUCCUUGGACCAGUGCUAUGAGCCAUCGAGUUUCACAUACUUGAAUUCACCGUAUGAAACCAGAUUGUAUGAUUGGAUGUCAGAGUUAUCAGGUGAUCAAAGUGAAAUGAAAAUUCAUCGGGAUUGUGGUGGUUUCGAUUCAUGUUUCUCUUAUCAGAAAUGGAAUUCUGAAGAUGGUGACACUAUCAUAUUGGAUUCCUUAGGCUCUCUCUGGGAUAUGAAUUGACCUUCUACAGUUGAAGGUUGACUGAAAAACUAGAAACUAUAGACGUGUUAGUUAUGUCUGAUAAAUACCAACUUGCACAAAUUUCAUGCUUUUCACUUCCCUUCCUCAGAAGUAUGCAUUUGUGUGUUCUUUUUUCC